CCUUGUCCCUUCCAUUCUCCCUCCCAUCCUCGGAACCAAACCUGCCGCUGCCGUACGUCGGGAGGAGGGGGCCUCCCUCCCGUCGCCGAUCACCUCCUCCAACUCGUGCUGCACAGGUGAAGCAAAUAUGCUACCUUACGCUCCUCUUCAACAGAGUAUGCAGGACGUGCCUGUGAUCGACUUGGUUGUUACAGAAGGGAUCGAUGGUUUGCUGCUAGUGCUUGCUCGUAAGAAACUUCGCGAGUUCCUCAUCUGUCCGGCGGUCAACAAGGGUGUUCCGUUUACACCCCCACCUCACCGUAGCACUGGUCGCCGGAGCUACCAUGUCGUUCGGCUGGUAAAUCCUCAUAAGGAGGGAACCAUCGUGGAGUUGCUCUUCUGCGAUCAGGACCUAUACUUGCUCGCAUUUCGUCGGAAAGUUACAGGGCAGGAUUGGAGCAAGUGGCAUUUUUUUGCCGAGCAAAGGAAGUUGAUGCCGCUUUUCAUCCAGAGUCAAGGGGAUCUUGAAGAAAUGACAAAAGUAACCGUUACACACUCACAAAACACAACCAUCCCUGGUGCCGAAUACAACGUCUUGGAGGACAUUUUCUUUGUCUUGUCAAACCCAAGAUCAGGCGAGGACAGGGUGAAGGAAGCACUGCUGCGUGCUGUCAUUCUUCUUUCCGAGAUGUCCAGAAUCAAAGCAAUAUAUGAUAGCCUUUCUGAGUUGUUGAUCAGUUACAAAGGUGAGGAUGAAGACUCCAGAAUUGAUCCUGCAUUACUGGAGUACAUGAGAUGUUGGGGGAAGCUUUCGGAUUGUGCGAUCGACAAUCGAAAGAAGGUCAGGGCAAGGAGCACGACAUCUGUAGACCCAACACUGCUUGGACAUGUAAACAGGUGUGGCGUCACCGGCAUCGAUCAGGUGAUUGGACCGGCUGGACAGCUUCGUCUCAAUCUGAUCGAUGAGGAAGAAGGUUCGUUCGAGGCAUACCGUGAUGUGCCGUUUCCUGCUGGGUUCCAAGAUCGAUUUCCAUUGCCAGAUGAGGAGGCUGAAAUUCUGGCAGGUUUGGUCGAGGACGUGGUGGGGGGCCAGCAUUAGGAUCAGAAUGCAGUGGCGCGGCGCUAGAUGUGGAUAAUUAGCAGACUGCGAGAGGAGGAAGGCAUGAAGGCUAUCUCAUCUCAUUUUAACUUGAUUAGCUAUGAGUUGGCCUGAGCUACGAGAAGCUAGGUCCAGAUGUUUCCUUUUAAAUGGACGGACGCUAAUUGUUGAACUGCUUUAAUUACUUACUGCCAUCUCAAUUUCGGUCUACAGCAAUUUGAUUAGCUCCUAGAAAUGAGGUUCAGAAACUUCAGAUGUUUCUCUUGAUCGUUUGACUGUACGUAUGACAAAUCAAAUUUCGCAAUGGCGUGAAUGGUUCUUACUACUAGUUACCUUUCCAA